CCCGGCCAAAGUUUAUGAAAAAUUAGUUGUUUAAUGUUCAUACUUAUAAAGUGCACUGCGAUGCUUCACAGUUCACAGGUCCCCUUUUGGAUGCAUCCCUUCUGAAAGUUUCUGUUUGUUGUUUUUCUGAUUAGGGUUCUUACAGACUCAAUUCCUACACAAUGAAAUUGACACCUCUGAAAUCAGUGGAUAAUGCGCACGACGAGUCGGUGUGGGCGGUCACAUGGAUUCCCGCCACAAGCUCUCGAUCUCCCCUUCUUCUCACGGGCUCACUGGACGAGACUGUGAGGCUGUGGCGGUCCGAUGACCUCGUCCAUGACCGCACCAACACCGGCCACUGCCUCGGUGUUGCUUCUGUCGCGGCGCAUCCUCUCGGCUCCAUUGCUGCGUCCUCUUCCCUCGAUAGCUUCGUUAGGGUCUUCGAUGUCGAUUCCAACGCCACUAUCGCUACUCUGGAAGCUCCCCCGUCUGAAGUUUGGCAAUUGAAAUUUGAUCCCAAGGGUUCCAUUCUGGCAGUUGCCGGUGGAAGUAGUGCUUCAGUCAAGCUAUGGGACACUUCCACAUGGGAGCUUGUUGCCACCCUGUCUAUUCCUCGUCCAGAAGGGCCCAAGCCAACUGACAGAAGUAGCAGUAAAAAGUUUGUCCUAUCAGUUGCGUGGAGCCCUGAUGGUAAACGGCUUGCUUGUGGCUCGAUGGAUGGCACCCUUUCGGUCUUUGAUGUAACUCGUGGCAAAUUUUUACACCACCUUGAAGGCCACUACAUGCCGGUGCGCUCGCUUGCAUAUUCACCCUAUGAUCCAAGGCUGUUGUUUACAGCUUCGGAUGAUGCGCAUGUCCACAUGUAUGAUGCUGAUGGAGGAAGCCUGGUUGCAUCCAUGUCAGGUCACGCUAGUUGGGUGCUAUGCGUGGAUGUUAGCCCAGAUGGGUCUGCCAUCGCCACAGGUUCAAGCGAUAAAACUGUGAGGCUUUGGGAUCUGAACAUGAGGGCUCCUGUACAGACAAUGAGCAGCCACGCAGACCAAGUGUGGGGAAUUGCAUUUAGGCCACUUGGAGGGAGCAACAUCCGAGUUGGCCGGCUUGCUAGUGUAUCAGAUGAUAAGAGCAUAGCGUUGUAUGAUUAUUCCUGAAGUCAGGUAGGCAUUUAGAGGAUGAAAUCACUGGAUUUGCUGGUUGUACUUCUGAAACCUCUGACAAUGAGUUUCUUCCUAUGUUUGAACUUUUCAUAUUAGUUAAUUAGGAUUUACAAAGCAAUUGCCUGUUCGAUUGGAGGAGAAAAUAUGAAGACCCUGAGCAUGGGAUCAAAUUCGGAUGACAAUGAUCUCCUCCAGUUUCCUUCGUGCCAGGAAAAACCCCAAGUGCCUUCAAUCUUUGUAGUUUGACCCAAAAAGCUUCACAUGCUUUAGCCAUGUCUAUCGACUUGGUGUAUGUUGAGCCUACUCAGAAGGUGAUAUGGCAUUUUUUUCCCACCUGUA